GACAAGACGCAAUGGAGUACUCCAUCAAAUACGACAAACCCGAGUCACUGAAACAGUACAUGAGCUCAGGGAAGACAAAAGAGGAACUAGAGGAAUGCUUCAUGAAUAAAGAGCAGGCCAAAAGAGAGGCAGCUGAGAAGGAAAAGGAUCCUCUUGAGCAAAAGUUUAAAGAGCUGCUGCAAAUGUUAGAGGACCAAGAAAGAGCCUUCAAGGGAUUUAGAGUCAAAAUCACAGACGAGAUGAGAGAAAGAGACAACCUUCUGAGAAAGAUGAAUGAGAGGAUUCAGAUGCUGGAGAUCUUAAGAAAAAUAACAGAAGAACAAGAGGAACACUACAUGAAGAAAGAAGAGUGUGCCAAAAGAGAGGCAGCUGAGAGGGAAAAAGACCCUUCUGAGCAAAAGGUUAAAGAGCUGUGGCAAAAGUUGGAGGACCAAAGGAGACUCUUGGAGGGAUUAAGAGCCAAAAUGACAGAGGAGAUAAGAGAAAGAGAGAAGACCUCAGCAGGUACAGGGGAGGGUUCUGCCCACAGUGGGGUGGGUAGCCGCCUGCAGUGCCCUGUGAGGCUGGGACAGGAGGAACUUCCUGAGACAGGGACCUCCUUCUCCUUCCCUGAACACACUCUGCUACACGUGAAAACAACAAGGCAAGCUGGUGUAGGUCCACCCAGGCAGCCAGGGCUGUUCCUAGCACAUUUCCAAAACUGCCCUUGA